AGCCGUGACGGCAUCCGCUCGGGACCCGGCUAACAGGAGGAAAAGAGAGCCAUGCUGUUUCCAAAAUUUAAGCUAACCUAAUAAAUUUCCUUCUUUAAUAAUUUGGGGGCUCGUUCGGUUGCGGAUUCUGAGCGGGCGGCUCUGUCACGCGCUGGCCCGGUUCGGCUUGGACGCUACAGUCGGGUAAGACUCUUUGAUUUGUUUCCGUGUCUGCGACACGUGGGCGAUCGGUGCUGACUGUUUUGGUGUGUGACUACAGGGAUGGAAAACUGCAGAUGUAUGAAGAAAACCGUGUCACCUGAGGAACGAUCAGUCUGGAGAGCAAGAGGUGCCGUCUGCAAUGAAGGACUCUGGCGGGGACCAAAUGGUAAAGUAAUUCUUCCUCCAAAUAUGAGAUUCCAGGUUUUCCAGGAAGCUCACGGACUCGGACAUGUGGGUAUUGCACAGAUGCUAAAAAAUCUAGAGCACUGGUGGCAUCCAUUUUUGAGAGACAUGGUCAAGGAAUAUGUGAAAACAUGUGAAAUUUGUGGACAACACAACGCAAAACCAACUAUUCGGCCACCAGCGGGACAUUUCCCUUGUACUACACAACCGGGUAAGGAAAUAAUUAUUGAUUUUACAGACAUGAUAACACCCGUUAGAGGAUACAGGUAUGUAUUAAUGUGUGUGGAUGCAUACUCGGGCUGGCCGGAGGCGUGGCCAGCAAAAAAGGAGGACAGCAAAACUGUCAUAAAGUGUCUGAUCAAUCAUUACAUUCCGACCCAUGGAUUUCCAGAGAAGGUGAGAUCAGAUAACGGCACUCAUUUUAGGAACCAAGAUCUGCAGAAAGUGGAGCAGCUGCUUGGAUUGAAGCAUUCUUUCGGUACAGUAUAUCAUCCUGAGUCACAAGGCAAGGUUGAGAGGUUAAACCAAACUAUCAAACAAAAAUUGGCCAAAGUAUGUGCACAUACCAAAUUAAAUUGGGUAGAUGCUUUGCCUAUUGCUUUGAUGUCUGUUCGAAUGUCUAUUAAUCAAACAACAGGGUUCUCUCCAUUCGAGCUCCAGACCGGACGGAUUUUUCCAGGACCUGGGAGUCGCGUGCCCGGAUGGAAAGGUGAACUUGCACAUUUAUCUCAUAAAGAUUUCUUUACUGAGUUACAGAGUCUGGCUGCGGAAUUUGCAAAAUACCAGACGGCACAGGAGCGUCCAGCUUCAGGACCAGUUCCAGGAAUCGACUGGGUGCGCCUGAAGGUCAUCAAACGGAAGUGGUCUGAACCUCGCUUCACCGGACCACACCGAGUAGUGGAGAGGACGUCCCAUGCUGUUCGUCUACAAGGGAAAGGAGACACCUGGUUUCAUUGGAGUCAGUGCACAGCAGCCGAGGAGCCACAACGUGCGCUCCGAGACGUACAAGACGAGCUACGACUUCAAUCUUCGGACGAGGAGCAACGCCAGGUGCUUCCAGGGGGGAGUGUAGCAGGAAUUCCUAGGUUCGUCAGUGUGAGGAAUCGCCGCAGAGAACCCGGCGGUCUAAACAACAGAGAGACGACAGAAGACUUUGUGGUGGAGUAA